UCUUUUGUUUUGUUUUUUUUGCUUUAAUUAUUAUCACUGUAUUGCUCACAUUGAACGGCAGGCUAGAUAGUCCGAGGAACUACGGCGGCGCACGUGUUUCAGUGGGUAGUACUGCGGCUGUAUAAAAUAGGCGUGCCUGCAGCGGGGACAGCGGUUCACAUGCUGGCUUUUAAACAGUGCAAACGCGAGUCUCUCAGGCAGUGGAUUAUGUGGAGGCGUGUGUGUGACAGCCAACUUAACAGCUAUUUCGGAUUUUGAAUGCUUGCGGAACAGCCUUUUGGAAGUUUAAUCUAAAGUUUGGGGAAAUAUGGAUAACAAGGAGGAAUCAAACAGUUGUCCCUUCAGUGUGUUGACCUGGGAGCAGGUGAGCCGGCUCAAUGAAGUUCUGACCGAAGUCGUACCUGUUCAUGGACGGGGGAACUUUCCUACCUUGGAGGUGCAGCUGAAUGAUAUCGUGGCCCGGGUGCGCUCUCGCCUUGAACUCAGUGGCAUCAAGGUGAAAGACGUACGGCUCAAUGGCUCCACAGCCAGCCACGUGCUGGUGCAGGAUAUCGGCUGGAGCUACAAGGACCUGGAUGUCAUCUUCAGGGUGGACCUGCCACAUGAGGCUGAGUUUAAGCUCAUCAAAGAUGUUGUGCUGGGUACCCUGCUGGACUUCCUGCCUGAAGGUGUGAAUAAAGAGAAAAUUACACCGAUGACUCUCAAAGAGGUCUAUGUCCAGAAGCUGGUCAAGGUCAGCACAGAGCAGGACCGCUGGAGCCUCAUCUCACUCUCCAACAAUAAUGGCCGCAACGUGGAGCUGAAGUUUGUGGACUCGAUACGUCGACAGUUUGAGUUCAGUGUCGACUCCUUUCAGAUUGUGCUGGACUCCAUGCUCGCUUACUACAAGGUGGAGCAGAUGCCCAUGUCAGAGGCCUGCCAUCCUACCGUUAGUGGGGAGAGCAUGUACGGAGACUUCAACACGGCCCUGAGCCACCUGCGGGACAAGCUCAUCGCCACCAAGCGGCCCGAGGAGAUCCGAGGCGGAGGCCUGCUGAAGUACUGCAAUCUGCUGGUGAGGGACUUCCGGCCCGCCAGCGAGGAGGAAUUCAAGGGCCUGGAGCGAUACAUGUGUUCACGCUUCUUCAUUGACUUUCCCGACAUCGGAGAGCAGCAGCGCAAGGUGGAAUCCUACCUGCAUAGCCACUUUGUAGGCGAGGAGAAGAGCAAGUACGACUACCUCAUGAUUCUCCGGCGAGUGGUUAACGAGAGCACGGUGUGCCUCAUGGGUCAUGAGCGACGGCAGACCCUCCACCUCAUCUCGCUGAUGGCCUUCCGAGUCUUAGCGGAGCAGAAUGCGAUCCCGGACGCAUCCUGCGUCACCUGCUAUUAUCAGCCAGCGCCUUACGUCCGAGACCACAACUUCAGCAACUACUACGUGGCCAACCAGAACAUUCCAACGUGGCUGCCGUGUAACUGACAAGACAACAACUUGGCUGUGCAAGAUGGCGUCGCUACUGCUGCUGCUUUUGAGAAGAGAAGGAAUGAAUUUAAAAAAAAAAAAAAAUAAAAAAAAUUAGAGGCAAUAAAUUUGUUCCUCUCAAGGCACAAUUA